AUGGAAAGCAGCGACAAAUCCUUCCAGACCUGGACAGCAGCGUCGCCGGGAGGCUCGAGUGUGGCUGCAGAAUCCCAAGAGCCACUGGAUUUUCCAUCAGAAACGGAACAGUUGUUUGAGUCCACAUAUGUACCUGAAUAUUAUUCCAGUGAUGCUAUCGCCAUCGUUCAUUGCCCACCACCAUUGGCCACGAUAGGCGCUCGGUCGUGGGAGGAAGAACCUGCAAGUGUCAAGAGCGCUCCAGCACAGGGCCUCGCCCUCCCUGCUGACGACAGAAAAGCAAGCGGUCAUGCUUCUGGUUAUGAACUGGGCCAAGGGUCUUGUGAUGAGGCUGCCACUGCACAGCGCACUACGCAAUCUGCUCUUGAGACAUGCCGGCAGAGCAUCCAAAGGCUUGCCCUCACACUGGCCAGGGAUAAUGUCAUCAAGCUCAUCGUGAACCAAUAUGGCAUGAAGAAAAAGAAACAUGUUCGAGCCACGAGAAAGCCGUUGAUUCUUGCCCAGACAGAAUGUGAGAUUGGCUUUCAAGUGAGGGUACGCCUCUGCUUGGACAAAGAGGAUUCUGCCAACAAAGGGGAGGCCCCAGAAUUUACGAUGAAGGUCAUAUUCGAUCCGAAGACUGAUACCAUCAUGCUGGUCAACAAGACUAAACGGGGUGAGCAACAUGUUAUCACGGUCAGAAAACAGUCUAGUCCUCCUAGGGAGGUACCAAUCAGGAUCGAGUCUUGUGAAGGAGCCAUGCUUGGUCCGGCCGAAUACAGCAUCUCUUGGUUGGGCGAGCAUAUUCUCGACAUGACCGUCUUCCCACGCGGGUACAUGUCCCCGGUCCCGCAGCAUCGCAAGCCGACGACGAAACGGAAGAGGGGAGCUCUCGAGGGGUUGGCGUCACUGUCCGCCCCCCUGCCAGCCAAGAAGCCCAAGACAAAGGAGGCGAGAGAAGAGCCAGAUGCCAGCACCGUCAUCCAGGCGAAGCCGCCUAUCGACGAAGUCGUUGCUGGAAGCGGGCCCACGGCCAGCAGCAGCCUAGGGCCCAAGUUGAACCCCAUCGGCGACUUGUGCCAUCCCCUGGAAGCGCUCAAGCUGCAUGAUGGAGUCAAGGUGGCCAACGCCGUCGAGGAGGAGGACUACACGCUUGUCCGCAGAGACAAGAUAGCGGAUCAUCGGAAGUCGCUCGUCUUCAAGGCUCAACACUCGGACGUCGCGAAGGGGUUUGUUGCCGUCAAAGUGUGGCGCAGCCACUCGGAAAUCGAUCGUGAAGAUGGCAAAGGCAUGGGUCUUGACGUUGUAAGCGAGAACUGGCUCGAGGAAGUAAAGAUUCACAUGAAAGUGAGCGAACACCGAGCGAUUGCCAGCAUCCAUGGCUUCGACGCAAGGUUUCUGGCGCUCUAUCUGGAGUACUUUGACGCUCCGAGCCUGGAAGCUUGCAUCGAUAGCAAGGGAAAUCCGUAUUGCACCCUGGGCAGCAUCGACGCAAGACAGGUGCUGCUCGACAUGAUUGAUGCCGUCAACUUUAUUCACCGCAAAGGCGUCAUCCACAACGAUAUCAAGCCCUCCAACAUCCUCUAUUCCGAGGAGAGGGGCGCGGUUCUCAUCGAUUUCGGGUGUGCAACGACCGGGUCUAACGAUAGCGGUGGAACGCGGUGGUAUAUCCCGCCUGAAUUCGGGAAUGACGGUACACGCGGGGCCCCUGGCGACAUCUUUGCCCUUGGCGUUGUCUUGCUGUUUCUCUUGCGCAAAAUCCCGUUGCCAGAACUACAAUCACCGCCCUUGGUGUGGGAUUUUUGCCGGCGUGAAAGACGCGGCCAGGAAGCCCCUGAAGCCACAGGGCCACAGGCUCAAUGGGAGAGUAUUGUUUGUGAGGCUGCACGGAAAGUCAAGGAGGCAGUUGAUGACGAAUUUCUCCCGGAGGUAUUGGAGAAGAUUUCUCUAAUGGUGGCGGUGACGGCCGAGGAAAGGGCUACAGGAGAUCAGAUCGUGGAGGCGCUUAAGAAGCACGACGACUUGGGUGAGAAGUACGUGUUUACGUACCAGGAUGCAGAGAUUUAG